AGUUAUAUAUAUAUUUAGUUACUUGCAAUCAACACAAAAAUAUAUAAUGUGUGAAAAUGUGAAGACAUUCUUUUAAUUAUCUUUCGCUCGAUUGAAACAAGUUUUUAAAAUUUUGUUGAAGAAGACAUCAAUGACAUCGAAUUUUUCAAUCUUAUUGGUUGAUUUAAAAAAAUGAUAACAGCAGAAGUUACUUUGAUACUGGCUGUAACGUUUUUAUGUGUAACAUUGAUAUUUGCCGUGCUGACAAUUUGCAAAUACUUACGCAUCAAAAAAAUUGAAUCGGAGAAUAGAGAGAAGUAUAAAAAAAUAAAUUUUUUUAAUGAUUCGAUUACUUACAGUAAACCAUUUUCGAUUCAAGCAGUACAUGGUCAAAUACCAGUGGAUGAUGAUGUUUCGAAUCGAGUAAUGACAAAAUACCCAUCACAAUGCACCUUUGAGAGAGAAUAUAAUCAUCUAAAGGGACGAGCAAAGAAUAAUUCAAUUAACCGAAACAAAAUCUGUUUAAAUAAGCGUGUAAGGUCUCAAACAAUUGCAGUCUCAGAUGGAAACCAUCCGAUAAAUUUGGAGAAUUCAGAGAGACGUAAAAGAAAACCGCGAAAAUUUAGUCUUGGAGACUUGAGAAUGGAUUUUCUCGGCAGAGACAGGUCUUUGUCUCAAAUUGAAAAUAAACAGCGCAAGAUAAGUCUUGGGGCUAUCGAGCAUUUGAAAAAUCAAGGAAAACGAGUACGCAAAUCCGAUCUUCGUUCACAUUCAGAACUUUCUAGUGAAGAUAAUAAUUCGCAAUUCGAAAAUGAUUCAUACGACAAUGAUGGGGCAUCUAUUUCGACCGAUAGUUUACUGAGCGAUAGUGAUUUAUCAGCUUCAAGUGUUUCUGACACGAGUGUAUUUGAAAGUAACAGUAUAUAUCGUCAUGUUGAUAAAAGAAGACUUGGUUCCAAUCGCCAAUACAACCAAACUCAUUUGUUGAAAAGAAAAAAAAUUGGAACAAUAGCAAUGAAAGCUAAACUUCUAAGUAGUAACAAUACUUUAGAAGUAUGGAUUUCCCGAGUAGUGUAUUUUAAUAAAAAGCAGAACUGUUGUCUUAAUGCUUUUAUUGUUCUGAAUUUAAUGCCAGAAAAAAUGCAAAAGCAAACUUCAAGGCGCGUAAAAGAUAGCAGUGAGUUCAACUUUGACGAACAAUUUUUUUUUCAACAUUUAGAUGUAACACAAUUAGAUAGAUAUACUUUACAAAUAAAAUUAAUAAAAUAUAAUAAGAUAAAGAAAUUUCAAAACGAAGUUAUUGGAGAAGCACAAAUACCCAUUACUGAUCUUAGUUAUUCGAGUGAAGAAUCCAAUAUAUAUUUUGAUCUAUUUUGGCAUUUUAAGUCCAAGGCAUCAUUGGGAUCUAUAAACAUAUCUUUAUGUCACCAAGCAAUAAUAUCCAAGCUCAAUGUGAUUAUCAAUCAAGCAAAAAGUUUGCCAAAGUUUUCAAAUUUUUAUGUCACUGUUUCGUUAUUUCGAGAAAAAAAAAUUGAAAUGAAAAAUACCUCUAUAAAGUACAAUUUGCGCGAUCCUAUAUUUAAUGAACCGAUAGAAUUCGAAAUCAGUACAGACAUUUCAAGUCCACUUUCGGUUUAUACCUUGGUUGUUACAGUUAAUAAUUCAAACAUGUUGGGUAAAGACCGUGUUAUAGGUCAUGUGAUAUUUAGUUUACUUUCUCCACAAAAAUCAGCUGUAACACAUUGGCAACUCGUGCAGGAUUCUCCCCAUCAAUCUCAUUCAGAAUGGCACACUCUAUUAGAUCCAAAUGAAAUCUAAAUAUAAUCUGAAUUAUCCAUUUAA